AUGGAGAAACUCCUCUCUGCAGCAAUUACAUAUCUCAUGGUCUUGAAAUUAGAACCCUGGGACAUGUUACACUUCAGGGAGCAACAUGGGAAAGCGGUGACAAUAGGAGCAACUGGGUGGAAGCUAGAAAUCUCCCUCGAUGAGUUGAAAAGCUCGAUAUUUGGGUGCGCAAUUCUCCUCGACCAUGGAGGACACUUUUGGUCCAUAAUUUGUCACACACUACAGAAUUGGAGAAAUCCAGAGUGGAAGCCUCUAUCCGGGACCGACGGCUUGCGAGUUGGCAGCAAAACUCAAAAAGGACUACUGCAUCUAUGUCCUGUCCUUUAUAGGAAUACUUUCUCUUUGAUUCCAUUCUGCAUGCUGGAAAUGACGACACCUGGUCAAAUAAUGAUUUGGCAGGCGGAGAACCCGGUGACCCAGUACACGCUCCACUGA